CCGAAGCCAUUUUAUUAUUAUAACAAGCAAAGGUGCAGGUGCAUCACUAUUUUAUUUUUAUUUUAUUUUAAACAGUUACAGUUUAAAUUUUAAUGCUCGAGACACUAUGGGGCAGUGUGGAAUUACGUCGUCCAAAACCGUCUUGGUUUUUCUCAAUCUCAUAUUCUGGGCUGCAGCUGGAAUUUUAUGCUACAUCGGAGCCUAUGUGUUUAUCACAUACGACGACUAUGACCACUUCUUUGAAGAUGUGUACACUUUGAUUCCCGCUGUCAUAAUAAUAGCCGUCGGGACUCUCCUCUUCAUCAUCGGCUUGAUUGGCUGCUGUGCCACAAUACGUGAAAGCUCCUGUGGCCUGGCAACUUUUGCUGCCAUCCUCCUGCUGGUAUUUGUAACAGAGUGUGUGGUGGUGGUGCUAGGCUACAUAUACAGGGCAAAGGUGGAAGAUGAGGUGAAUCACUCCAUCCAGAAGGUUUACAAUGAGUACAAUGGCACCAACACUGACGCUCCCAGCCGUGCUAUCGACUAUGUGCAGAGACAGCUUCACUGCUGCGGCAUCCAUAACUACUCUGACUGGAGGAACACUCGCUGGUUUAAAGAAUCCAAGAACAACAGUGUCCCAGUCAGCUGCUGCCAGCCCAGCAUCAGCAACUGCACUGGCACUCUUACUCGACCAGCAGAUCUCUACCAAGAGGGUUGUGAAGCUCUUGUUGUGAAGAAGUUAAAGGAGAUCAUGAUGUACGUCAUAUGGGCUGCAUUAACUUUUGCAUCUAUACAGAUGCUGGGAAUGCUCUGUGCCUGCGUGGUGCUGUGCAGGAGGAGUCAUGACCCAGCAUAUGAACUGCUGGUCACAACCAACAGCUAUGCAUGAAGGAUGCAGCCAAUCAGCAAAGCACUCAGAAAAUCAAAAGGAGCGUCACCGGACAUGUCCACAGUAGAUUUCAGCUGUAGUUAUAUACGCUCAAGCACACCUUGCACAAUUCAUGAUAAAGUAGCGAACACUGAUGACGUGGUUGGGGUGGGCGGGGGCUUCAAGGCGAAACCAGUUAUUUAUAUACAUGCAUUGUAAGUUGCUGUUACUUUAAAUGUUCUUUUUUUUCCCUUACAAAUAAUGAGACACUUAUAAAAGCCAAAGUUGUAUAUGGCUAUUUGACAUUUGUGGUGUUGAUGCUGAUUUUUUAUUUUUGUCCUCUUUUAAUUGUGGCUUCAUGGAAUUUGGGCUCAUUCCCAGUAAGGAUGAUGAGAAGCACUAUGGAGCCUCUGUGGGAAAUUAUGAUUGGGAGCGUUGCAUGGAAUGUAUUUCCUUGUCGGCUAGUUUGCACUAUGGCUGGAGCUCGGGAGAUAUUUCACAGUUGUUAAAAAGAAAGGUCAAUACUAUAAAGAACGUGUAUACUUUUCUUAAUACCUUGGCUUGACCGGAUUUUGUGAAAAUGGAAAAACUGGAAACUUUUUACCACAGAAAGAACUGAUUCAGUGUUUUUUAGCUCUGUCUUUACAUUUUUGUUUGUGGAGCACCUAUGCGUUUUAACUCUUAAAACCAAACCAGUUUGGUAGAAAGAGUUCUUCAUAUUCACAAAUAUUCAGGUUGUGAAUGAUGUACAUUCUGUUUUCGGAGUGGAUGUUCUUUGAGUCUGGCUUCACUAGUGAGGCAUUGCCAAUAUAUAAAUUGUGAGUCAAGCUUUUAGUCUCCAGUGCUAUUAGUUGGAGUAUAAUCAGUGUUACCUGAAGACUUGUGUAUGUGUAGAUUCCGUUUGUCACAGUCAGAGAAUCCCUUCUGUUUAGUUAUAAACCUGCUAUGAAGAAAUAUGACAAGUUAUUUUAUACAUUUUUGUGAAAUUGUUUUAAUAUUUUUGAGCUGUUAAGUUUACCCCUAGAUAUUUAGCUAGUGCCACAGGAAACAAAUAUGACAAACAAAAUUGUGUGUAGACUGGAGAACAGGCAGGGGAACAAAUAAACUCAUACAUUUUAA